UCCUGUAUUUCAGGCCGUAGACACUUGUUAAAAAAGUAGUAUGUAAAGCUUGAAAAAUAAUUUUUUGUAUUUUUUUAAAUCAAAACAAUAAUACUUCGUGGGGGUUUUACGUUCUUACUUUGAAAUUAACAAAAGAGCUAAUGGAUCAAGAUCUUUGGCUGAAAGCUCUUUCUUACCAUGGACCUUUGCUUCUUCAAAUUGUGCUGAGUGAAACGAAAGUAACUGGAGAGACUGAAGAAGAAAAUGCAAAAAUUAGGCUCUUUGAGUUCAUCAAAAAUAAGCUAGGUUUCCUGUUUAAAUGUCGCCCCCCACCAAAAUUGCCAUAUAGAAAAUCUUCCUUACCAAUGAUGCCUGUAGAAAUUUUCCAAAAUUGUACUCCUGAACAGAGGCUGAACCUUUUUUAUAAAAGCUUAGAUCGUGGAGAUAUUUUAUCAUUACGGGUUAUAAAUGAUAAGCUUCCAGACAACUACAAAUUGCUUGUUUUAGCUAAACAAGAAGGAUGCAUGAAAUUAGAUGAUCUGUCUUUGACUAUGUAUCUACCUAAAUUACAACCUGAAAUGGAUCUUGCUGGAGGAGAAUUAAAGUCUGAAGAUUUAAUUAGAGCUGCCGUUUGUUCAUGUUCAAUUGAUGAGCGGAAGUUAUAUGUGACACUUGAUAGCAAUGUACUAGAUGAUGAUAAAGAACCUGUUCAGUUGGGAAAGAUAUCUGAAGAGGAGCUUCCACCGUAUUGGGUGAGUUUUUUUUUUUUUUUUUUUUUUUUUUUUUUUUUUAAGAUUAAAAAAAAAUUUAAUCAUUUUAAAAUUUUAAAAUUUAGUUAAUUUUUUACUAUAAUU